AUGCUGUCUUCUCCACGGACCGGCCUUCUGGCGGCCGUCCUUCUCUCCCUGUCAUCCCUCGUCUCUUCAGCUCCCACCACAGCCUCCUCCUCGUCGGACACAUGUACGACUAUCGCCUCCACCAGCACCAUCGAUGUCGCCAAUCGUUUCGAACUCCCUUACACCCUCGAGCAAUCCCACUACUGGUCGAGCUCCACCGUCGCCAUCAAGCCCGCCUGCAUCAUCUUCCCCAAGUCCGCCGCUGAAGUCUCCGCCAUCAUCAAGGUGCUCACCCAGAAUAAUGAGACUUUUGCCAUCAAGUCCGGUGGCCACUCGCCCAACAACUACUUCGCUAGCGUCUCUGGUGGUCCGCUGAUCUCCACCUCCAAGAUGGACCAAGUCCUGCUCGACCCGACCACGGGCAUCGUCAACAUCGGCCCCGGCAACAGACUAGACAAGAUAGCAAAGAAGCUCGACGGUACUGGUUGGACAUUCUCUGGAGGGCGUGUUGGCAAUGUCGGCGUGGGCGGUUUGGUCCUGAACGGCGGGCUGUCCUACCUCUCUGCUCAAUACGGCUUUGCCGCCUCGUCAGUGUUGGAGUACGAGAUUGUCCUUGCCGACGGAACCAUUACGACCGCCAGCGCGACCAGGAAUCCGGAUUUGUUCAAGGCGCUCAAGGGAGGUGGCAACAACUUCGGCGUUGUGACAGCAUACAUCACCCAAGCGUACAAGCAGGGCGACAUUUGGGGUGGUAACGCUGUAUUUUUGCGUUCCAAGGAGAACGAUGCCAAGAUGCUCAGGGCGGUUCGCGACUUCACCGAAUACUGCGAGGACGACAAGGCGGCAGUGAUCGUGACGGCCGAGCGAGCGGUCAUUGGCGCUGUGGACUUGUGGAUCCUUUUCCUGUUCUACGACGGACCGGAGCCGCCCAAGGAGGUGUUCAAGAACUUUACGGACAUCGGCGCGGUGCUAAACACAGCGCGCAAGCGCAGCUUUUCCGACAUGAUGGCUUGGAGCAACUGGGUGGUGCUUCCGGGCGUGAACGUGCUAGGCGGCACGGAGACGAUCCCGCUACCGAGUGCCGGCAAUGCCGAGACAGUAUUGGGCAACAUCCAUGAGCACUGGCGAGAUAUCACGACAGCCAAUUUGGGCGUGGGCAGUUUCGUGGCAUCGAUUGCGUAUCAGCCCGUCCCAAAGCGGAUCGUGCAGAAGGCUAGGGAGAGGAGUCCCGAUCUGAUUGAUAUGGAUGACUCUGUUGAUCGGCUGAUCAUGGAGGUCAACUUUAUGUUCCUUCUGCCGUCGGACUACGAGAAGAUGCAGGGAGUUAUGGAGGAAACGUAUUCGGGCAUCAGGGAGAAAAUCGUUGGGUGGCAGAAGGAUGGAACGCUUGCGGAUGCGUACGUGCCUAUCUUGAUGAGCUAUGGAAACUCGCAGCAGGAUUACUUUGCGAGGUUGAAGCCUGAGAGUCGGGCGUUGGCGAAGUCGGUGGCGAGUAAGGUUGAUCCGAAGGGCCUAUUUCGGGAUCGGACGGGAGGGUGGAAGCCGUGA